ACGAACGAAUGAUCUUCUGAAGAAGUUCUUCGGCGAAGAUUGCACGACAGAAACGGAAGACUCGAAUAACAAAAUGAUUGUUUCGUGGUUCUCUUCAAACAAAGUCACUCCAUUCAGGGGAAUUCCAAUCAUGAAGCGCCAGUUGUGCACUUUGGAUAAGGUCAAUAUUCUUCAACAAAUCAGAUUCAUUCACCUGCAAUUGUGCGCGAUUACGAAAUUGCUGAACAAAAUAUUCGACACUCAGAUGAUGUUCUACUCGAUAGUGAUCAUACAGAGCGUUGUUGGGAUAUUCUAUUAUGUUUACACAGAAAUAGAUUUGGAGUCGCCGUAUGAAUUGAGCUUUUAUGUGCUCGACGCGAUCUACACAUGGCUGAAAGUUGCUGUGACGUGCUACUUCUGCGAGAAGACCGCCAAAGAGGCAAAGCAGAUAAUAUACAUUAUUCACUCGUGCUCCAUACACAAUUCUGACGUCGAGUUGAGAAAUGAGCUCACACAAUUUUACCUGCAAGUCUCACUCGCUGAAAUGGACACCAAUGACACGCAUCUCUUCUGGUUGAACGACGUUUACAUAUUACAGAGCAUUGGAGGCAUAUUCACCUACUUUCUGAUCAUGAUACAGUGGAGUGGGACAUUAGGCGUAUUCGGAUCAAAAUCUAAUUUCACCACAUUCAACUGAAGUUAAUAAUUAUAGCGAAGAAUGAAAAUAAAUAUCAUUUUUUAUCACA